AUGGGGAGCCUGUCGUCACAGAUUCUAAUUGGAUCACGGCGGCAUAUAAUGUGCGGUCUGUCUGGGGAACGAGUGACUCGUCGUCUCUCACCUGCUGCUCUCGAUGCCGAUGCUCAAUUGCAAGAUCUGUCGCCAUCGCAAUUACUCCGCUUUAUUCUCACGAGCUCAAAUCAUCUCGGUAAUGAGAGUGGGAGCAAUUCAACCUUGCGAAAACAUGCACUCUUUCUCAUUGAUACCGAGUGGGUGUCGGGCAAUCCACCGCCGGCCUUAUGGUGUGCCCUCAAGGGUAUCCACCCUACGAAUCGAAAAGAAGAAGCAGAACGUCUUAGUUCAGUCAAUAACCUGUCAUCUCUAAAAACUGUCAUAGAGAGACUGGCAGUGGAUCGGCAAGGAGCAAAGCUUUUCAACUAUCAAAUCAGAGCAACUGAGGUCAUGCAUCGAUGUGAAGAGUACAACACAUACACGGAGAUUGUGUCUGCGCUGAGCGAUAUCAACACUCGACUCAAACGCCUGGAUCUGCCUAAGCUGACGACCAAUGAUGGCCUAUAUUAUGCAGCUCUCGAUCUAGCAAUGCCUGCAUUCCAGCAAUUUUUGUAUACCCGCCAAGAAGCACGGUACUACCGCCUGAGUUUUGCCAACGGCGGUUCUGUCAUUAACGCGCUGUCCGAGUCAAUUGAUUCGGUUCUUUUCGAGAGGCCAGAUUACGACACAAAAUUCUUGCUUGCUGGUCUCACGGGUGAAGGAGAUGAGUCUCGGCGGACUCGGCCUACCCUUCACGAUGUUCUACAUGAAGCACGCGAACAAGACCGGCGGAACUGGAGUACUUACCUCUGCGUUCUUGCCAGGAUUCACAGUCGACAUGCAUUGAUCAAAUCAUGGAAACUCUAUAUGGCAGAGUUCGAUAGCUCUCGUCGAGAUGCCUGCCACUUGGCCUACAACGUUGUACUAGCUUUGGUGCGGUCCGGACGGUCAGAGGAAGCCGCAAUACUCUUAGAAGACAUCUCCCAGCGCAGCAGAGACAAUCUGCCCCACAUCGCUACAUUACACAAUUUGCAGGUUUUACUCGAUGAUCCUGCGGUCAGUGAAGCACUACCAGACUUGAUCCAAGGUCACCAGUAUGAAGAGCUACUCGAAACGCGUCUCCAGAAUAUGGAAGCUCGAUUGGGAAUCCGAUGGGAAGGGGUCAACGGGCAAGGCAAGAACAAAGCCCAUGUCGGGGUCAUGCCAGGUUCGCCAUGGGCCGUCUUUAAAGACCAGCCUUUGCUCACAAUUGACGGCGACUGCGCUGGCUACGAGGAUCCAGUACGACUUUACUCGGAAAUCCAAGCCCACGGCUGCUCCAAAUCUCGAAGCGACCUGCGACAGAUCGUGGACUUGUUAAAUGAGCAUGAUGGCAUGGCACAGCGAGUGGAGGUUUGGCCUCUGGACCCGGGCAUGCAGGAGAUAUUUCAAACCGACUUUUCAUCCCUCGAGUUCCAGUGGUGCCCCGAACAUUCACCCCUCGAGUUCACAGACUCUCCGCUUCCUGCGCUGUCAAACUGGUCUGAAAAUUGGACGCCAGCCAUGCUGGGAUUACUCCGAGCUCGCGGUACGGUCAACGGUGUGCCCCAGGAUAACAACAAAUGCCAGCAUCUGAUCCAGCUGGGGACCCUUGACCAGCGGUUCGGCGAAGGCGACUCCUGGCUACCGUCGGCGUACAUUGUGGCCUGGGAUCGACAGUUUGGCGAGAUGAUCGCCCUGUACGUGGGGAAAGGCGACGGAAUCAGGGACCGUGGCCCCACGCCACCAGACGCCCCCUUUGGCGCCGGCAUGCUCAUCCGGCCCACGCAUAUGCCCGGCCAGGAGCCUUGGCCUUGUGAUCGUCCUCGUCGGAUUCCAGCGAGGUCGUACUACCUGGACAUCGAUCCGAGCCCAGAUCUGGGCUUUCGAUAG